AUGUUUUGGGACAAAGUGCUGUCAGAACUCUGCAGACACAGUUCUCUGAAACCUCAGGAGUGGUUCCUCCGUGCCCUCAAGCUCUCCACAGUGGAUAUUGGAGAGAUAAGCUCCCCAGCACACGUUGAACGCACUAACAAGUAUAAAAUGAGUGAGCAAAUGAGAUCAAGAUCUACAUCCAUCGGAAGAAGAGAUGAAGAAUCUUUUCAGCUGAUUGAGCCUUUUGUUGAUGAGUGGUGUAGUGAUGAUUCAGCUCUACAAGAGAUAUCACUAAGUGAAACUUGGGAUAUUUUAUCUGGUCAGGAGAUAGAAGAUGAAGAAGAACCCGAGGAUCAAGGGAUUGACCUGGAAGCUGAUCUCCAGGAACAGACUCAACCCAAAACUGGAGGUAUACAAGAAGAUGGUCUUGCUGUCCAGGCGAAGUUUAUGUCCAGUCUAGAGUACAGUCAACUGCCUGAAGCAGAUCAAGCAUGGCAAGAAGGUUACACAAAGACAAGCUAAAACUACGAAGCCUGCACUUAUAUCAGAUUUCAAGUUCAAAUUCUCUCAAUAAAGUUUUACAAUUUGCUCCAAAGAAGUCAUGAAUGUGAUUUGUUAAACUUCUACUGGAAAUAAAAUACUAUUGAAAGCUA